CUCCGCCCCUCAGCGGAGGCGGCCGGGCUGGGGGCGUGUCCUGGGCGGGGCCCCGCCUAACUCGUCCCCCGCCCCACCCGGUCUUGAAGCGGCUGCCACCGCAGGGAGGUCCCGGCCCCGGCAUGCCACACACAACCCAGCUGUACCAGGCUGUGCCGGAGACGCGCUGGCCCAUCGUAUACUCUCCACGCUACAAUAUCACCUUCAUGGGCCUGGAGAGGCUGCACCCCUUCGACGCAGGGAAAUGGGGCAAAGUGAUCAAUUUCCUCAAAGAGGAGAAGCUUCUGUCAGACGGCCUGCUGGUGGAGGCACGGGAGGCCUCGGAGGAGGACCUGUUGGUGGUGCACACGAGGCGCUAUCUCAACGAGCUGAAGUGGUCCUUUGCUGUCGCGACCAUCACAGAAAUCCCUCCUGUCAUCUUCCUCCCCAACUUCCUUGUGCAGAGAAAGGUGCUGAGGCCCCUGCGGACCCAGACAGGAGGAACCAUCAUGGCAGGGAAGCUGGCUGUGGAGCGAGGCUGGGCCAUCAACGUGGGGGGUGGCUUCCAUCACUGCUCCAGUGACCGGGGUGGGGGCUUCUGUGCCUAUGCGGACAUCACACUUGCCAUCAAGUUUCUGUUUGAGCGUGUGGAGGGCAUCUCCAGAGCCACCAUCAUCGAUCUCGAUGCGCAUCAGGGCAAUGGGCAUGAGAGGGACUUCAUGGGUGACAAGCGUGUGUACAUCAUGGAUGUCUACAACCGCCACAUCUACCCCGGGGACCGCUUUGCCAAGCAGGCCAUCCGGCGGAAGGUGGAGCUGGAGUGGGGCACGGAGGAUGAUGAGUACCUGAAUAAGGUGGAGAGGAACAUCAGGAAAGCCCUCCAGGAACAUCCACCCGACAUAGUUGUGUACAACGCAGGCACUGAUGUCCUAGAGGGAGACCGCCUUGGGGGGCUGUCCAUCAGCCCAGAGGGCAUUGUGAAGCGGGAUGAGCUGGUGUUCCAAAUGGUCCGCGGCCACCAGGUGCCCAUCCUCAUGGUGACGUCGGGCGGGUACCAGAAACGCACAGCCCGCAUCAUAGCUGACUCCAUUCUCAAUCUGCAUAGCCUGGGGCUCAUCGGGCCUGAGUCCCCCAGUGUCUCGGCCCAGUGCUCGGACACGCCUCUGCUGCCCACAGCAGUGCCCUGACCCGAGCUGCCCUGCUGGUCACCUCCCUGCCUGCUUUGAGCCCACCUGCCCGCCCACCUGACCUCCUAGUGCUUUUUGUUUUCUAGCCUGAGGGGCGGUGCAGGACAGCCAGCCAGGAAGCCUGGGCUGCUGGGCAGGGAGAGUGACCUGUGUGGUCUCUUGAGAAC